AUGCCAAGUAUUGUUUUUCCCCGUCGGAUAUUUGACGAGUCAGUAGAAGAAUUCGAUUUAAUGGUGUUUGUCGAUGCAAGUCAACAUGCAAUUGGUAUCGCAAGUUAUCUAACAAAUGGUCAGCAGCUAACGUUAAUCUAUGCCAAAUCCAAAUUGAUCAAACCACGAAAGAUUGUAUGCGCUGAGCUCUUGGCGUUGUCGGCUGGUGCCAAUACAGCCAAAACAUUGGGAGAUCUCGUGAAUGCUCGACACAUAAUAUUGUUCUCUGAUUCCAUGGAUAACGUAAAACGUUUAGAAGAAGACAUGAACAAAUAUCCGUAUCCUGUGGCCGUCCAUUUGUUCAACAUAAAAUCAAAAAUCAGUGAGAUUCGACACAUACGAGGAGAAAUCAAUCCUGCUGAUGCAUUCACUAGAGGAGUGACGGUUGACGAAUUGAAGAAGUUACAUCGAUUAAAUUAUCACGAUAUUAUUGAACUACAAGAUGUGGUGGUUGGUGUUGGUUUGACAGUGAACGGUUCCUCGGAAAAAUAUGAUAUUUCUAAAUUGGAUCUUGAUAGCAAACGACCUUAUAACCAAUGGAUCGAGCUUGUGCAACAACAAUCUGACGAUUGGAAAAAAUCCAUCGAUGAAACUAUGAAUGAAUUGACCAUAUUAAUCAAAAUUAAUCAACGAAGGUUCCUGGACGACCAUUUCGACAAACACAUUCCAACAUUUCGUGAUGAUCAAGGCCUGGUACGAUGUUUGACACGACUGGAGAAUUCAGAUUUGAGUUACGACGAAAAAUACCCGAUUGCGUUGCCGACAUGUGAAUUCACGUUAGCAUUGAUGGAAUGUACACAUGAAAACGAUGAACAUGGUUCUGUGAAUUAUACAUUGGCCAAUUUUCGCAUGAAGUACUUCACACCACGUGCACGACAACAAUUCAUAAAAAUCAAAAACCGAUGUUCUAAAUGUCGCCAAUUACGUACCAAACCAUUGCAAGUAUCGCUUGGUAAUCCUCCUAGUACAACAGUGGUAUUUCAUUUAAGAAUUGAAUGA